CUUGUAUUCAUCCUGGGAGCUUCAUCGCAAAUAUUGGAUUAACCUAAUGGAUUCCUACAUAACCUAGACUAAACAGAAAAGUUUUGAGAUGGUGGACUAAACAUGGGAGACUGGAAUUUUCUUGGGGUCAUCCUAGAGGAAGUCCACAUCCAUUCCACGAUUGUUGGAAAAAUCUGGCUUACAAUUCUGUUUAUAUUUCGCAUGCUUGUCUUGGGAGUGGCAGCUGAAGAGGUCUGGAAUGAUGAGCAGUCACAAUUUGUAUGUAACACAGACCAACCUGGCUGCAAAAAUGUCUGUUAUGACCAGGCUUUUCCCAUCUCACUUAUCAGAUACUGGGUUCUGCAAGUAAUAUUUGUAUCCUCACCGUCUUUGGUUUACAUGGGCCAUGCUAUUUACAGGCUGAGAGCGUUGGAGAAAGAACGACAUAGAAAGAAAGCUCAGCUCAGAGGGGAGCUUGAAGGAGUAGAGUAUGAUCUGAGUGAAGACCGCAGAAGGUUGGAGCGUGAACUCAGACAAUUAGAACACAGAAAGCUGAACAAGGCUCCAUUAAGGGGUUCCCUUCUCUUUACCUAUGUAAUACAUAUAUUCACAAGAUCUGCUGUUGAGAUUGGUUUCAUGAUUGGACAGCAUCUGCUUUAUGGAGUUCAACUGAAUCCUCUGUACAAGUGUGAAAGAGACCCAUGCCCCAAUGUUGUUGACUGCUUUGUAUCCAGACCUACAGAAAAAACAGUAUUUAUGCUUUUCAUGCAGUGCAUAGCAGCUGUCUCUUUGUUUCUAAAUAUUUUAGAAAUUCUACAUCUUGGGGUUAAAAGAAUCAAAAAAGCUUAUAUGAUGAGAUAUAGAAUGAAAGAAGAAUUUGACGACUUUUAUGUAAUUAAAUCCAAGAAAACCUCCACAGUAAGUCAUACUUGCGUAGGUACGUCCUCGAGUCCUCAAAAGACCCUUCCUUCUGCACCUAUCAAUUAUACGUUGUUGAUAGAAAAACAGAGUGAUCCUACUGCAUAUCCAGUUUUAAAUCCUCCCUGUGGAUACCAUCCUAUAGAAGAAGAUGUACAUAAUGAUAUGUGUAAUACUUUCAUGGAGGAUGAGCAAGAAACAAAAUCAGCCAAUGGUAUCAAUGCUGCAAACACAGUUGAAAGUCACUAUCAUGACAACAGUGGCAACAAUGAUGAAAGAAUAAACAAAAUAUUAGAUGCAGAUGUUAAGACUUUGCAUUGCCAUGGAGAAAGAAGAACUGGUUGUAUAAAAAGUAAUUAUUCAAGUGUAGAAAAUGCUCCUCUUGUACAGACAGCAGCUAGUGAUGAUACCGUGGAUUAUUCCUUACAAAAUAUAUCCUGUCCAAUGACCACAAACUUACUCCGGAAAUCCAGGAGAGUCAGUGCUCCAUGGAAUGGCUCUAAAGCAGCGGAGAGAGGAGGCUUUGUUCAAGAUACAGGAUACAGCAACAGGGGACGCAGUAGCUUCAGUGCAAAUAUAUCAUGGGGACUUUCCAAGUCUGAUCUGAAGCGAGUUAGCAGGCCAUCCACACCAGAAGUUAUGGGAGAAAUUAGCCCAAAAUACAAGCAGGAUAAAGCAUGUGAAGGUUCUGUGACCUUCUCUCCAUCACGACGGAUGUCACUGGCAAGUAAUGCCAGCAGCCGGCAUGCCCCAACUGAUCUACAGAUCUAAGCGCUAUGGUCCUACAACUGUCUUCACUCAUGAAGAAGCAUUAAGAAAUAACCACAACAGCAACAUUCAUCCCCAAAAGCAGAUUCUUCAA